AUGACCAAGUUAAUCAAUAAAAUCACAAAAUACGGGUUCUCUUCCGAAAAACAAGAACCAAACAAUAAAGGUAACAAGAUUGAAGCACAUAAUAAUCUCAAUAACGACAAAAAAUCUUUAUCCAUAAAUACAACAUUUUCUAGUACAUCAAACACAAAUACCAGACCAAUUGGAAGUUCAAGUUCAAGCUCAUUAACAAGUAAAUCAAACAAGAUAUCACCAAUCAAUCACGAUACAUCAGGUAUUAAAAUCAAACCAAUAGUGAAGUCAUCAGAUUGGUCAAUAAGAUACGAUCCAACGUUAUCAGUCUAUUUUUAUGUUAACGACAAAACCAACGAAACACAGUUCGAUCAUCCAGAUGAGGUUGUAUCUCCAGUGGUUUCACCAAUUUUAGAAAAUGCAGAUUCAGUUAUGAAUAGCUCAGGUAAUGACACAGAUCAUAAGAAUAUUUUUAGUACAAGUCUAAAAAGAACGUUUUCCCCAAAGCUUUUCACAUCUUCAUAUAACAAAUUUGAUGAGAGAAAACCUCAGAAAGUACCGUCAAGAAGUUCUUUUGAGAUGAGUUCAACACCUAAAUCUUCUUUUCGUAAUUCAAAGGAUGGUGGUGAUGAUGAGGAUGAGGAUAUUGAAGAAUUCAGAAAACAGUUAGAACUAGAGAUGAAAUCUUAUGAAUGCGAAAGAUUGAGAAGCUUAUAA